CUCUCUCUCUCUCUUCCAAAUAUCUUCAAAUAGUUAGGAUCUUCUGAAAAGAGUUUUUUUGUUGCUCUGCUAUGGCUUCAUCCAGAGUCAUGCAUGCCGUCCAAUACGAUCAUUAUGGCGGUGGAGCAUCAGCCUUAAAGCAUGUUGAAGUUCCAGUACCUACUCCAAAUAAUGACGAAAUUCUAUUGAAGUUGGAAGCAUCAAGCUUGAACCCGCUGGAUUGUAAACUUCAGAAAGGGAUGUGGAGACCAUUUAUUCCUCAUAAAUUUCCAGCCAUUCCAGUUUCUGAUAUAUCUGGAGAGGUGGUUGACGUUGGUGCUGGCGUUCAGAACUUCAAAGUGGGAGACAAAGUGGUUAGCAUGCUCAGUAUGUUCCGAGGAGGUGGGCUGGCUGAAUACGCAGUGGUAACAUGUGACUGUACUGUUAAGAGACCACAAGAGGUGUCAGCAGCUGAAGGUGCGGCUCUUACCAUGGCCGGCCUCACAGCUUUGCAGGCACUCGCCGAGGCUGGAAUCAAGCUCGACAGCAGUGGCAGUCGCCGGCCUAAAGCCAACGUUCUCAUAACUGCUGCCUCCGGCGGCGUCGGCCAUUACGCGGUUCAGCUGGCCAAGCUCGGAAACGCGCACGUAACUGCAACUUGUGGGGCUCGCAACAUCGACCUGAUCAAGAGCUUGGGGGCCGACGAAGUGCUUGAUUACAGGACACCGGAAGGGGAACUACUGAGGAGCCCCUCAGGGAAGAAGUACGAUGCUGUUAUUCACUGCGCAAGAGGGAUACCAUGGUCAGUGUUUGAGCCCAAUCUCAGUGAAAGGGGAAAGGUGAUCGACCUCACUCCUGAUGCAGCGGCUCUGUGGACCUUCGUGGCCAAGAAGCUGACCUUUUCAAAGAAGUCGCUGGUGCCUUUGAUCGUGUCGCGGAAGGGGGAGGACCUUGAAGUCUUGGUUCAGUUGGCGAAGGAAGGGAAACUCAGGACUUUGGUGGACUCGACGUUUCCUCUGGAGAAGGCUGAAGAAGCUUGGGCUAAGGUCAUGGAUGCACAUGCUACUGGGAAGAUCAUUGUGGCCUCUGAGUAGAUCUCAGGCUGCGACCUUCGCUGCUCGACACCCAAUCAUAGCCAGGUUUGCAAAUGGGUUUAUCUACCCCUUCGAUUUUACGUUCAAGAUGAAGUGUCUUUGAGUCAUAUUGGCUUGUCCUGUAAAGUAUUAUGAACACAUCAUUAUCUUAAUAAAGCUAGCAUGUGAUUCUGGUGCCA